GAUAGGGGACACAGUCGGGAGUUCAUACCACCCAUGUGCAGUGAUGGAGCUGCGACUUAGGUGGUCGGUGUUUCUGAUCUGUCUAUCUCAGACUUCGGCCGCCUCCAUAGGACACCCCACCGUCACUGAAGAGGACGAACAAGCUAUUGUUAAAUACGUGGCAGAGAAGAACUUUGAAUUGCAGAGCUACACUAUAGACACGGAAGAUGAUUAUAUUUUAACAUACCAUCGUUUAGGCAAGAAAGAUUCAUCAGCGGAUGGCACUUUUCGGCAACCUGUCUUCCUUCAGCAUCCUCUUGGUGGUAGCAGUGCUGCCUGGCUCCUGCCUUCCUCUGACCAGUUAGCAUACGUACUCGUGGAUAGCGGAUACGAUGUGUGGCUCGGUAACAGUCGAGGAUCUCAAUAUUCCAGAGGACACAAAACUCUCAACGUCGACGAUGAACAGUAUUGGGAUUUCAGCUUGCACGAGAUGGCCGUGUUUGACCUGAGUGCUGGGAUAGACUACAUCCUGAAGCAAUACGUGAACCAUACGGACAAACUGUUGUUCGUGGGUCACGCCCACGGAGCCGUGCAGGGGUUAAUACUCUCCGUCGCCCGACCCUCCUACCAGGCCAAACUGACGGGCCUCGUCACCUUCGCGCCUGCCGUCUACCUCACCGGUCUUGCCAACGCCUCCACUGACGAUCAGUUCAUAGCCAGGAGUAUCAUCGAUACUGCCGAGAACAUCGCGCAUGAACAAGAAAGUAAAGGAAUUCAUUCCAUGUUCUCAAAGUCGUCAGAAUUGUUUCACCAUUAUAAUGGGUUAAAAAUAAAAACCGACGACUUUAGAAAUUUGUGGGCUAUCAACAUCUCAGAGAACUCCUGGGCGGAUAUUUAUAGGUUUUUUCCAUCAGGGGUGUCUACCAAGGCAGUACAUUACGUGCAUCAGCAGAUUAAGAAUGGCCCCGUGUUCAGAAAUUACGACUUUGGAAGUGAAGGAAACCAUUUACAUUACAACUCACCUGAACCGCCAGUUUACGAUCUCUCAAACAUUGAUGUCCCAGUACACAUUUUCUAUUCACAAAAUGAUAUACUCGUGUCAGUACAGGACAUAAUGCUGCUGAAAGAGAAAUUGGAAAACUCCACCCUACACUUGGUGAACGAGCAAGGAAUAUUCCGCCAUCUUGAUUUCCUAUUUGGACACCGUUCUAAUGGUCUGGUUGCUAAGGUUUUCGCGCUAUUGAAUAAGGACCCCUCGCUAAGCGGCUAUUUCACUGAAAGUUUCGGUAAACAUUCCAAUAUUACCGGUGAAAUAACCAACACUGAUGGCAACUUUGGUAUGGACUAUGGACACAAAACUCACCCAACUCAUAAUACCUGGCAAACAUCUGAAUCUUCAAUGAGUUAUGACGAGUUGAUGAAAAGACUCCAUCAGUAUAAACAUCAUAUUUUUGUAGCAUACAAUAUUUCAAUUGGAAAUGAUCCUUCUAAAUUUGAGUGGGCCGAAUUGAAUAAGAGGAUUGAAAACUCUGGCGAAGAGUGCGUCGGCGAAUGUAAGGAACUUCGAGAUUUGAUUAAAAAGAUCAACCGGUAUCUCUCUCACAUAAAAAAGACCUAUCUAAGUGGAGUGGCUAAUGGUACGGAUAAUAUUAUGGGUAAAGUUUUAGUUCGAGGAAAUCGUGGUUAUUACGUGCCUGAUGAAACAGAAGAUACUGCGAACGUGAAGAAGAUGAGAAAUGUCUUUAAUUGGAACCAAAUGGAAGUUGCCCUUAAAUUUUUCAAAGCGUACUACAAUCUGAGAAAAUACAGUGCUUAUAUAUUAACCAACUACCACAUGCGUUUCGAGUACACUACAAUUGAGCAAGAGUUAAACAAAGUAGAGGAGCUUAAAAGUAAAGUGAAUCAACUGGGCCAGCCCAGCACAUUCGACAACACACUGAUUCGUAAGUUGCUCAAUUCUGUACAUACGCGCUCAAACAAAGAAGAAAAUGCAAAUGCAACUAUGUUAAACAAAGAUGAAGACAAUUUUGAAACAAUAUACAAGCUUCGAAAGCACGCAAAAUAUAUCUCGUUAACCUAUAACAUCACAUUUGAUUACAAUAUGUUAGAGUCAGAACUGGGGAAACUUGAUGAGCUGGCAGACAGAAUCCAUGAAACAGACGAACAUUGCAUAACAGAGUGUUACGAAAUAGCAAGCCUUCUUAAAGACGCCCUAGGCUAUAUACAGAAUAAGCAACCAGACGAAGCAAACUCUACCAAAAAUAACAUUUUCCAUGGUUCCAACUGGAAGAAAGUUGAGUACACAUCUAUUUAUUUUGAGACAUUAGUUAAACUUAGGCAUGAUAUUCAGUACAUUUCAAACACUUUCCAUGUAACAUUCAACUAUAGUAAUAUCGAAUCGGAGGUUAUGAAGCUAAAAGAACUAGCUCAUGGUGUAUAUGAAAUAGGGGAAGACUGUGUAAGCGAGUGUACGGAAAUAAGGAGUUUGUUCCACGAUGUGAAACAAUCCUUAGACGCUGAAAGUUUUGAUGGAUCAUUGCAAUGGAUUAAUACUGAAAGAGCUAAAAAGUACAUUACAAUCAUAAUUAGCCUGGAACAAUACGUAACGUACAUAACUAAUACUUUUCAUAUAAACUUUGACUAUAACAAACUCGAAACAGAGUUUAAAAAAUUAGAAGAUCUUGUAAGUGAGCUGGAAGAGUUUGGCGCUCAAUGUACUACUGAGGGUUGCAAAGAAAUCCGUAAGAUCAUUGAAAGUGCAUAUGGGGCUACAGUUACCAAAGUACCAGAUGAUCCCUCUUACUUUGACCAAAGUGUCUCCAAAUACAUUGAAGUAUUAAAUAAGAUAAAACAUUACUGGACAAACAUCUCUUCAACGUACAAAAUAAACUUGGAGUAUACCAAAAUUGAAUCGGAGUUUAGAAAAAUAGAACAACUUGCAUCGAUAACUGACAAAUUUGCGGAUGUAUGUUUAGCCGAAUGUUUGGAAAUUCGCAACUUGCUUAGUGAUAUUUCAAGAAGUUCUAAUGAGGAUAAUGCUGUAAAUACCUGGGAUUGGAACGAUUCAGAAACUACAAUUAAGUAUUAUGAAGUAUUAUUCAAACUGAAAAAACAUGCAAUGUUCAUAACCACUAACUACAACAUACAAUUAAACUAUGAAAACAUUUUGGCUGAGUUAAAAAAACUGGAACAACUUUCUAAAAUGUACGAACCACCUGGUUACCAAUGCACAGGAUAUUGUGCAGAAAUCAGAGAAUCGCUAAAGCAUGUCCGCAGAUACCUGAUACAUAUCAAAGAAAUAUAUUUCGGUGAUAGUGGAGCUGUUAGUGAAAUACCUAUAUAUGCGAGAACUGUAACAACUGAAGAACCUACAAACACUGAACCUACAUCAUAUGCCGAACUUGUAACUUCAGUGGAACCUGAAAACACUGAGGGGCCUACACCACAGGAGGAACCUGUAACUCCGGUGGAACCUGAAAACACUGAGGGACCUACAACAGAGGAGGAACCUGUAUCUCCAGUGGAACCUGAAAACACUGAGGGACCUACAACAGAGGAGGAACCUGUAUCUCCAGUGGAACCUGAAAACACUGAGGGGCCUACAUCAGAGGAGGAACCUGUAAAUCCAGUGGAACCUGAAAACACUGAGGGGCCUACACCACAGGAAGAAAAUGUAGCUCCAGUGGAACCUGAAAACACUGAGGGACCUACACCACAGGAGGAACCUGUAACUCCGGUGGAACCUGAAAACACUGAGGGACCUACAACAGAGGAGGAACCUGUAUCUCCAGUGGAACCUGAAAAAACUGAGGGGCCUACAUCAGAGGAGGAACCUGUAACUCCGGUGGAACCUGAAAACACUGAGGGACCUACAACAGAGGAGGAACCUGUAUCUCCAGUGGAACCUGAAAACACUGAGGGGCCUACAUCAGAGGAGGAACCUGUAAAUCCAGUGGAACCUGAAAACACUGAGGGGCCUACACCACAGGAGGAAAAUGUAGCUCCAGUGGAACCUGAAAACACUGAGGGACCUACACCACAGGAGGAAUAUGUAACUCCAGUGCAAUCUGAAAACACUGAGGGACCUACAACAGAGGAGGAACCUGUAUCUCCAGUGGAACCUGAAAACACUGAGGGACCUACAACAGAGGAGGAACCUGUAUCUCCAGUGGAACCUGAAAACACUGAGGGGCCUACAUCAGAGGAGGAACCUGUAAAUCCAGUGGAACCUGAAAACACUGAGGGGCCUACACCACAGGAGGAAAAUGUAGCUCCAGUGGAACCUGGAAACACUGAGGGACCUACACCACAGGAGGAACCUGUAACUCCGGUGGAACCUGAAAACACUGAGGGACCUACAACAGAGGAGGAACCUGUAUCUCCAGUGGAACCUGAAAACACUGAGGGGCCUACAUCAGAGGAGGAACCUGUAACUCCGGUGGAACCUGAAAACACUGAGGGACCUACAACAGAGGAGGAACCUGUAUCUCCAGUGGAACCUGAAAACACUGAGGGGCCUACAUCAGAGGAGGAACCUGUAAAUCCAGUGGAACCUGAAAACACUGAGGGGCCUACACCACAGGAGGAAAAUGUAGCUCCAGUGGAACCUGAAAACACUGAGGGACCUACACCACAGGAGGAAUAUGUAACUCCAGUGCAAUCUGAAAACACUGAGGGACCUACAACAGAGGAGGAACCUGUAUCUCCAGUGGAACCUGAAAACACUGAGGGACCUACAACAGAGGAGGAACCUGUAUCUCCAGUGGAACCUGAAAACACUGAGGGGCCUACAUCAGAGGAGGAACCUGUAAAUCCAGUGGAACCUGAAAACACUGAGGGGCCUACACCACAGGAGGAAAAUGUAGCUCCAGUGGAACCUGGAAACACUGAGGGACCUACACCACAAGAGGAACCUGUAACUCCGGUGGAACCUGAAAACACUGAGGGACCUACAACAGAGGAGGAACCUGUAUCUCCAGUGGAACCUGAAAACACUGAGGGGCCUACAUCAGAGGAGGAACCUGUAACUCCGGUGGAACCUGAAAACACUGAGGGACCUACAACAGAGGAGGAACCUGUAUCUCCAGUGGAACCUGAAAACACUGAGGGGCCUACAUCAGGGGAGGAACCUGUAAAUCCAGUGGAACCUGAAAACACUGAGGGGCCUACACCACAGGAGGAAAAUGUAGCUCCAGUGGAACCUGAAAACACUGAGGGACCUACACCACAGGAGGAAUAUGUAACUCCAGUGCAAUCUGAAAACACUGAGGGGCCUACACCACAGGAGGAACAUGUAAUUCCAGUGAAACCUGAAAACACUGAGGGGCCUACACCACAGGAGGAACCUGUAACUCCGGUGGAACCUGAAAACACUGAGGGACCUACAACAGAGGAGGAACCUGUAUCUCCAGUGGAACCUGAAAACACUGAGGGGCCUACAUCAGAGGAGGAACCUGUAAAUCCAGUGGAACCUGAAAACACUGAGGGGCCUACACCACAGGAGGAAAAAGUAGCUCCAGUGGAACCUGAAAACACUGAGGGACCUACACCACAGGAGGAAUAUGUAACUCCAGUGCAAUCUGAAAACACUGAGGGGCCUACACCACAGGAGGAACAUGUAACUCCAGUGAAACCUGAAAACACUGAGGGGCCUACACCACAGGAGGAACCUGUAACUCCGGUGGAACCUGAAAACACUGAGGGACCUACAACAGAGGAGGAACCUGUAUCUCCAGUGGAACCUGAAAACACUGAGGGGCCUACAUCAGAGGAGGAACCUGUAAAUCCAGUGGAACCUGAAAACACUGAGGGGCCUACACCACAGGAGGAAUAUGUAACUCCAGUGCAACCUGGAAACACUGAGGGACCUACACCACAGGAGGAACCUGUAAAUCCAGUGGAACCUGUAAACACUGAGGGGUCUACAUCGCAGGAGGAAUCUAUAACGUCUGAAGGAAUCUUGACGCCUGAGGAAACUACGUUGUAUGAGGGGUCUGCAGCGCCUGUAGAAACUCAUAAGGGUCCUAUAAAUGAUGUACUGGACGAGAAUUCUUCUUCUAAUAAAACUUAUUCUGUAGAUGACACUUUCAAAUCGAAGAUCUUUCAUCAUUCCAAUUGGAAAAAAGAUGAGUACACAUCUAUUUAUUUUGAGACAUUAGUUAAACUUAGGCAUGAUAUUCAGUACAUUUCAAAAACUUUUCAUGUAACAUUCAACUAUAGUAAUAUCGAAUCAGAGGUUAUGAAGCUAAAAGAACUUGCUAAUGACAUAUAUGAAAUAGGGGAAGACUGUGUGAGCGAGUGUACGGAAAUAAGGAGUUUGUUCCACGAUGUGAAACCAUCCUUAGACGCUGAAAGUUUUGAUGGAUCAUUGCAAUGGAUUAAUACUGAAAGAGCUAAAAAGUACAUUACAAUCAUAGUUAGCCUGGAACAAUACGUAACGUAUAUAACUAAUACUUUUCAUAUAAACUUUGACUAUAACAAACUCGAAACAGAGUUUAAAAAAUUAGAAGAUCUUGUAAGUGAGCUGGAAGAGUUUGGCGCUCAGUGUACUACUGAGGGUUGCAAAGAAAUCCGUAAGAUCAUUGAAAGUGCAUAUGGGGCUACAGUUACCAAAGUACCAGAUGAUCCCUCUUACUUUGACCAAAGUGUCUCUAAAUACAUUGAAGUAUUAAAUAAGAUAAAACAUUACUGGACAAACAUCCCUUCAACGUACAAAAUAAACUUGGAGUAUACCAAAAUUGAAUCGGAGUUUAGGAAAAUAGAAAAACUUGCAUCGAUAAUUGACAAAUUUGCGGAUGAAUGUUUAGCCGAAUGUUUGGAAAUUCGCAACUUGCUUAGUGAUAUUUCAAGAAGUUCUAAUGAAGAUAAUGCUGUAAAUACCUGGGAUUGGAACGAUUCAGAAACUACCAUCAAGUAUUAUGAAGUAUUAUUCAAACUAAAGAGACACGCAAUGUUCAUAACCACUAACUACAACAUAAAAUUGGACUAUGAAAAUAUUCUGGUUGAGUUAAAAAAAAUGGAACAACUCUCUGAAAUAGUCGUACCAUAUGGGUCCGAAUGCACAGGACAUUGUGAAGAAAUCAGAGAAUCGCUAAAGCAUGUACGAAGAUACCUGAUACAUAUCAAAGAAACAUAUUUUGAUGAUAGUGGAGUAAGUAAUGAAGCAUAUGAAGUGGUUUUGCCUUCGUUUUUUAAUAAUUCUCAAUCCGCUAACAAAACUGUAAAAGCAAACAUAACAGGAAUCUUCCAUAACUCUAAUUGGAAAAACUCUGACUUUUCUUCUGCAUAUUUUGAAACUUUAGUUAAAUUAAGAAAGCACAUUAAAUACAUAUCAAACGUCUACCAUUUACAAUUUAGUUACACUAAUUUUGAAUUGGAGGUCAGUAAAUUAAAAGAGCUUAUAAAGGAGAUAUACAGAAGUGACAGUAUUUGUAGUGAAGAAUGUCUGGAAAUUCGCGGUUUGCUCCAUACCGUGAAACACUCAUUAGAGAAUGAAUCUUUUGACAGUUCUGCUAUAUGGUCCGAUUCGGAAACUAUAGCGGAUUUCUUUAAAGCAUUAACGAACCUCAGAAAAUAUUUUACAUACAUAACGACCAACUACCACAUUUCUUUUGAUUACGGUGUAAUUGAGUCAGAGUUUGGCAAACUGGAGGAAUUAUCUUCCAAGGUCAGAGAAUUUGGUCGCCAAUGUAGUGGUGAGUGUCAAGAUAUCCAAGCAUUGCUCGGUGGUACCUAUGAAAAUUUCUCAUCUAACGACCACGAUGACAUAAUAGAAAAGUUGAAAAAAUAUAAAAAGCACAUUCAUGAAAAGUACAACAUAACAGUAAGUGACUUGGUGUUCAAAUCUAAGAGCAUAAAAGAUCUUGAGACCGCAAUGAGAAACCAGGAGUGUACCGGUGAAUGCAAAGAAAUACAAAAUGUGAUCAACCAUGUCGGUAAAUUUCAGCAUCAUAUCAAUGAAGCCUAUUUGAACCAGCCAGUUGUCGAACAUGGCAUUGAGGAAAGUUUAAAUAAAGGAGAAAAUGGUUAUUUUGUAAGUAAUACGUAAGGUAUUAUAGGACAGGCAACAUAUUUGUGAACAUAUACACUCAGACUAAUGUUUCAAUGAUGCGUGACCAUUACUGAAAAUAGCCUCAACGGAUUGGGAACAUAUGACCACCACUAAAGUUUCAACAACACACACAGCAAACAUGUAUCUUCUUUUAUUAUGAGUUUCUCGAGAGACUAUGAUUUUAAAGCGCACCAUGGAAUCAGCUCAAUAUACAGCUCUGAUUGCUUUGAUCAAAGGAAAGAUUUUAACUUUAUAGGGAAAAGGAAAGAAGAACCAAUUUAUUGAGCAGUCAGAAUGACCAAUUUCACACUCAAAAAUAAUAAAAGAUAAUGUCUCAUUGACUGAUGUAUCUAUUUUGCGUUAAUAUAUUAUUAAAAUUGUAAAACGAAAAA